AUUACGUCAAUACGUCGCGUUGGCUGGCGGUAUUUUUGUUUUGAAUGUACGCUGUUUGAUCUGAAGCUGUGGUCAAGCAUUAGCUUAAAUAUAAGUAUGACCCCUGGUCUACCUAAGCAAAUAGAGAUGGAGAAGGAGGUUCAGACUUCAGAGGACACAGGCUGUAUGAGUGCUGCAAAAGCUGUGUUGUUGGAUGAGUGUGAGGAGCAGUUCGGGCUGCUACAGAAGCUUCAAAAUGAGAUAAUAAUGGCAGACACGGAGGCUUAUGAUGAUCAGUCAAAUGAGGCAGUGAACCGCCUGAUUGCAAUCACAUCUGAGUUAGAGCAGUGGCAGGAAAUUGAACCAAAAUUGCUGACAACAAAUACUGAAGUCUUAUUAGCUGUUGGAAAAAAGGAGCUGCAAAGACUCCACAGUCAACUUAAAAUGGUCCUGUCAUGCUCUCAAGCAAAGCUGGAUGCCCAGAAAAAGAUUUUAAAAAGGGAGCAGACAUGGCAAUCAGAGAAGCAAGAAGCAUUGAAUUCAGUGACAGAGAAAAUUGCCAGACUACAACAAGAAAAACAGAAAUCAGAUCACAGUGUUUCGCAGGAAAUGAAGAGGAAAAUCCAUAAGUUAAAGGAAUAUCAUAGCAGCCUCAUGGAAAUGCUGAGCGACAUGUUAGCUGAGCACUUCCCACUUCCUGAUCCUCAAGAAAACGGCAGUAAGAAAAAAAGAGCUGCUGCAUAUGAUGCUGCAGAGAUUAACCUGAUUUCACUGAGUGAGAUUAUCGAGAGGUUGACCAAUAAAACAUUAGAGACUCCUCAUGACCCUUAUGUGACUAUUGAUGACACUUUUUGGCCACCUUACACAGAGAUGCUUCUUCGCAAUGGAAUUGCUAUGCGACAUCCAGAAGACUGCAAUAAAAUCCGUCUGGAAAACUUUUUUUGAAUCUAAAGAGCACUUGUCUAAAUCUAAUUUGAAUAUGUGUAAUUUUGUUUUACGCAUGUUUGUUAGUAACUCUCAUUGUCUAUUUCUUUUAUUAUUUUUAAUUUUUUUUUAAAGCUUGGCCAUUAUGGAUUUUUUAUUGCUAUUCAAUAAUGGUUACAUAUCAGGUCUACCACUUAAUAUGCGUGUCUGUCUUUUUAAUUGUGUUGCUUUUUGUUUAACUUUGUAUAUACAUUUUGUCAAAAAUGAACAUAUGAAUUAAAAAAUGAUUUAAUUAAAUUCAUUUUGGACA